AAGAACCAGAAGCAUUUCUUUACCGUGUACCACUGCCUGAAAAAGAGUGUUGGACAGCGCAAAAUAUUAUUGCAAUCAGAUGAUGAAGAAGGUGAAACUCAGCCAAAACGUCCAAAGAUUAUACAAGGAUUGGCUCUCGGAGUGAAGAGUAAUGAUUUGAAAGACAUUGAAGAUGAAUACUGUCAUAACAAACGCCGCCUAAUGGAGAUGGUGGGCAAGCGUCUUGAAGUCACUGAUCCAGAGCAUCCAAUGACAUGGCCUUACAUAUGUGAAUGUCUAAGGAGGCCUACUGUUGAGCGUAACGAUGUAGCCGAGGAAAUUGAAGACAAAUUUGAGAUAACAGCUGAUAUUACCUCAAGCGUUGCCGAAGAUACAGUUAUUGACGACAGAAGAGGAAAACAGCUAGAAGUAGAGGGAGCGAUUGAGUUCGGACGUAGGUCUUCUGAAAAAUCGAUGAAAGGUGACCUUGUUCUUACCACUCAAGAUUUACUGCAGACGUAUAGAGAUCCUCUAGAGCGCAAAAGAUUAUUGGGAGCAGGUGAAGAAGUUGAAAGUACUCUGUCCAAGCGUCCAAAGAAUGAUGCCACUAUUCAAGGAGAAUCUCUUGUGGAAAUCACUAACAAAUCUAUGAAGUUCAGCAAUUUUGGAAUUAAGAUUUCUGUCCUGGAAAAUUCGCUGCCUGAAGGUAUCGAUACGUGUGUCUUACACAUAUCCUUCGAGUUAUCCACUGACUUUGAGAUUCCCGCUAACUCUGAACUAGUCAGUUCAAUUUAUCGUGUGAAAUGUGAGCCCAAAGUACAGUUUAAGAAGCCUCUCACCUUGGAAAUACAGCACUGUGCGAGUUUAAACUCUGACCAUCAACAAAGGCUUGUCUUUGCUCGAGCAACAGAUCAAAAUAAAAAGUUUGAGAUCCUGGAGGGUGGUCACUUUCCUAUUAGUGAACGCCAUGGAUCCAUCCAGCUUACUCGUUUCAGUCGCCUCGGUGUUUUACUUCGUAAAGUAUUUGGCCUUCCAACUGAGAAGAUGUACAGUGCAUUGCUGUUCAGAAAGAACUCGCCCUAUCACACAAUUGACGUGAAAUGUGUGGUAUGUCAGGAUCUAGCAACUCAUGUAAAGGUAAUUAGAGAGGAGUUGGAAAAAGAUAGAUUCACAAAAGAAAUGGAUCUAGAUCAAAUUCAAUUUGAAAAUGCAGUAGACAUGGAGCUGCAUUCAGAGAAUUCUGAGCUUUGGACUGUUACUAGGGUAAAACCCACUCUGUCCAGAGAUCAAAUUGAGGGAUACUCAAGAGUGGUGAAUUCUAAUAGACAACUUGGAGUUAUUCCAGCCAUCCAUUAUAGGUUUAACCUGAAAGAAAUUGUUGUUUCUGAAUCAGUAAACUUUUUGCUGAUGAACACCGAUGUAGAUGAAGAGAGCCAUCAUUUGACCCUACGUAUUUGCUGUAAUGCAGUGACUCCACUAGCCACUCCACACACAACCACUCAGUCAGGUAGCAGAUAGUGUGCAUUGGUUUGUAUUGUGAAUUAGGUCAACAUUACAUUAGCCUCCUUCGCAGCCUCUCCUUUUUCUGUUCUUUGUCACGGAAGAGAAAAUUGGAGGAACAAAGAAAGAAAGAAGGAAGCGACAAAGAAAAAGGAGAGCCUGCCUUGCUAAGUCGCGUGAUCUCCUACUGGCGUAGAUAAAUUUUAACGAGCGUGGGCGAGAGAAAACCUCAAUAACUGUCCUCCCACACAGUACUUGGAGCGCAUUUACCAGGAACAUAAUCUGUUAUGAACAGUACAGUACAGUGCAGUAGAGUCAGCCUUCGUGAGACCUUUAGUCAGUAGAGGAAGUAUGAAAGACUAGAGUAGAGUAGACUAUACUGCUGUAAUAAUUAUAUCUACUAAGGUCUGUUUUGAGCUAAAUUUAGAUAAUUAUAGAUCUAGAUCUUUAGUCUUUACUAGGUAAGCCCUCGUCUACGAUGUCUCCACGCUUGAUUCUGGCUUACUAUCUACGAUGCUAACAGCUUUUAUGUUGCGUAGGCAUGCUGUAGCUAUUUGCUUUGUCAGGCUCCGCCCAGCUAGUGAUUGCCCACGUUCAUUUUUUCACUCGUCUACCACUCAUCUACCGUCACGCGACUUAGCAAGGCGGGCUCUCCUUUUUCUUUGUCUCUUCUUUCUUUCUUUGUUCCUCCAAUUAGUCCCGUAUUUGAACUACUAUGACAAAUAACACAGAAAAAGGAGAGGCUGCGAAGGAGGCUAGGAUAUAUUGGCUCAGUAGUGCCUUUGUCCUCGAGGUGGCACUCGUGCAUGUGUCACAACUAUAACUUAGUCACUCUUUCUACCAGGAGAAUGCACUCCUGUUUCUACUUAUUACAUAACCUGUGUACACAGUGUUUACUUCCUCUGCCCCACAAUCACAACAGAACUCUUACAACUGCCCAAUCCAUUACCAUACACUGUGUGAAGCUUUUUAUUCGCUAUAGGGGCCAUUUGUAUAAGUGUGUGUAUUGCAUUAACUAUACCGUAUAUAUAAUUAUAUUGCGAGUAAUUUUCGUGGGGUAACAAAUUCGUUAUAGUUUCGUGGGCAAGCUGACUUUCACGAAUACAUAGGUGUGGUUUACUGGAACGCAUACAAUGCAGUACAGGCAAUAAAGUCAACCUACAUUUUUAUAUACUGACGAAAAUCACCGUUUUCGAUUUUUUAAUGACUUUUUUACCCCACGAAAAUUACUCACUAUAGUAUCUGUCAAGUCCAUUAAACACGUUCUAUCAGAUCGUAUCAUAAUCGGAUUGCUAUUCGAAAGCCUUCACUCUGGAAAACACAUGAUCUUGAUUCCUACAGGCCCGGCAUUCCCCAUUAAUAUACACAUUGCUUAUAUUGUAAUUAUUUGUGCAUUUUCAGGUGCUUACUGUAUAUGCAGUUUGUCAUAAAACUGGCCAUUUUCAAUGCUUGUGUGUGUGUAGGAUCGUCACAAGAGAUGCAUACUAGCAGAAACCAAACGGUAAAAGUUGAACAACCCUAACCCUAACCCCUUUACCCUAACUCUAAUCUCUUACCCUAACCCUAACCCUGACCCUGACCCCCUAGCCUGUUACCCUAACCCUAACCUUAUGGCCUAUAACCCUAUCCCUAACCCUUUACCCCUUAUGCUAACUAUAACCCUUACCCAUACCGUUACCUAACCUCUUAUAUACCGUACGGGUAGAAAAUUUCGAGGGUGUAAAAUUUCGUGCAAUUCAAUAUUCUGGAAAAUUUCGCGGGUAGUAAAUUUCGUGGAGUUAGGGUGUGUCACUAUCUCGCAUGCGUAAACAAAGCCUUUCGCGGGUUUUAAUUUUCGUGUUCUGCAGCCACCCACGAAAAACGCGAAAUUAAAAACACCUCAAAAUUUUCUACCCGUACGGUACCCUUAUAACCGCCCAUAAUCCCGACAUUAUGCACAUUAUAUGCGUAAUAUACAUACACAAUUAAGUGUACCUGUAGCCAAACUCUAUAUCCGUAACACCAACACAUCCCAACUUGGAUCUCACAAAUUUGACAUUAUGCAUAUUAUGCAUAUUAUACACAAUUAAAAUAAUUAUUUGACAUUAUGCACAUUAUGCAGCUCAAUUAUACAUCAAAUAUAAAAUUUGACUUUAUGCAUAUUAUGCAUAAUAUACACCACUU